GCCCACCAACAGUUAGGGAAGAGUUGUGGGCCAAUUUACAACAAAAAGCCACAACCAAAAAAUUAGAAAAGGAGAUGUUUAUGUCUAGUUGUGGUACUGUUGAUCUUGAAGAGGAAGAUGAGGAGGAAGAACUUAUGCUAAGAGAAUCAACUCUAUUUAUUGGUGGUAGAAGUAAAAAGGCCAAAAUUGGGCAACACAAAGGCCCCAUGGAUUUGUACAUAUACCAAAAACCUGAGGAAAUUCUCAAAAAGAGAAAGCUUGAAAAGUGUUGGCAAUCUUCUAUAAAAGAUUCUAACAAGGAUUUGAGGGCUGAAACAAUCCAAUACAUUGCUCAGUUCUUCUAUCAAAAUGGCAUCUCUUUCAAUGUUGCUCGUUCAGAAAGUUUCAAGCUAAUGGUAGAAGCAAUUGGACAAUAUGGACAAAAUCUCAAACCUCCUAGUCACCAUGAAUUGAGGGUUUCAUGCUUAAAUAAGGAGUUGGUGUACACUAAACAAUUAAUGGAGUAUCAUAGGAAACAAUGGCCAAGAUAUGGAGUCACUAUUAUGUUCGAUGGAUGGACGGAUAAGAGGCAAAGGAGUAUAAUCAAUUUUUUGGUUAAUUCUCCUACUGGUACAAUGUUUGUAAAGUCUAUUAAUGCUUCUGCUUUUGUCAAAACCGGGGAAAAGUUGUUUAAGUUGAUUGAUAGCAUUGUGGAAGAGAUUGGAGAAGAACAUGUAGUUCAACUUAUAACAGAUAAUGGGAACAAUUAUGUUGUAGCUGGUAAAUUAUUGGAAGAGAAGAGAAAGCACGUAUUUUGGACUCCAUGUGCAGCACAUUGUAUUGAUCUUAUACUAGAGGACAUUGGAAAGAUUUCAAAGGUUAAGAAGACAAUACAAAAAGUAAUGAGUCUUGUUGGGUUCAUCUACAACCAUUCAAGCACCUUAAACUUAAUGAGGCGAUUCACUAACAAGAUUGAGUUGGUCCGAUAUGGGGUGACAAGUAGUAAGUUGGCUAGAGAUGCCAAAGGAGUAAAGGCAGUAAGUACAGUAAUGGCUGCUUCAUUUUGGAAUAAUGUGCUAUAUACUCCAAGGGUUAUGGGUCCUCUUGUGAUUGUUUUGCGGUCUGUUAAUAGUGAAAGUAAGCCAGCAAUGCCUUAUAUUUAUGAGGCAAUCACCAAAGUUAGGGAUUCCAUUAAGAGAUUGCAAAAUGAUGAUGAAAGCAAGUACAAGAAAAUCUUUGAAAUUAUUGAUAAUAGAUGGGAAUGCCAACUUUAUUGGCCGUUACAUGCAGCAGCUCAUUACUUAAAUCCUGCAAUUUUUUAUAGUACUCCAAAUAUGGAUUUGGAUUUGAGACUAACUGGUGAAUUGAUGGAUUGCAUUAAAAAAAUGGAGCCUAAUGUUAAUUUGCAACUCAAAAUAUAUGAUGAAGUGAUAAUUUAUAAUAGAGCUCAAGGUCGCUUUGGUGAUGACUUAGCAAUUAAAUCAAGAGAUUCGAAAUCACCUGCCGUGAAAGUACCAUUGAAGUCUCAGUCAGAGAAUGGAAGAGAGCAAGCAACAAUUUGAUUACGUCUUCUGCAUAAAGUGAAAGUAGAAUU